AAUCUGGAGAUGGAGAAAAAAUGCACCAUCUUCAGGGACUCAGUAUGUCGAUGCCAGCAGGGCCACUACUGUAACAAGGGGAAGGAGCACUGCAGGGCCUGCUACCCGUGUACCACGUAAGUCCAAGAUACUGUAGUGGACAUCUUUAACCAAAUAGCUAUCAAAAUACAUUGAUUUAUUGUUUUCUAAAGGUUAAAGACACAUUGUUAAAUCGGUAACACUUUACUGUAGGUGUCCUUAUUCAUGCAUUCAUGAAGUCUUUAUAACAGCUAUAUAACAUAUAAGCUGUCAUACGUCGUUUUGAAUACACUGAACAAAAAUAUAAACGCAAUAUGUAAAGUGUUGGUCCCAUGUUUUAGGAGCUGAAAUAAACGAUCCCAGAAAUGUUCCAUUUGCACAAAAAGCUUAUUUCUCUGAUUUUGUUUACAUCCCUGUUAGUGGGCAUUUCAGUCAUUUAGCAGAUGCUCUUAUCCAGAGCGACUUACAGUUAGUGAGUGCAUACAUUUUUAUUUAAUUUUUUCAUACUGGCCCCCUGUGGGAAACGAACCCACAACCCUGGCGUUGCAAACGCCAUGCUCUACCAACUUAGCUACAACCCUGCCGGCCAUUCCCUCCCCUACCCUGGACCAAUUGUGCGCCCGGUCGCCGCCGGCUACGACAGAGCCUGGAUUCGAACCAGGAUCUCUAGUGGCACCAAUGGCCUUAGACCACUGCGCCACUCGGGAGUCUCCUUUGCCAAGAUAAUCCAUCCACCUGACAGGUUUUUUUUUUUUUUUUCAUUUUUUUUUUCCCAUACUGGCCCCCCGUGGGAAAACGAACCCACAACCCUGGCGUUGCAAACGCCAUGCUCUACCAACUGAGCUACAUCCCUGCCGGCCAUUCCCUCCCCUACCCUGGACCAAUUGUGCGCCGUCCCAUGGGUCUCAGUGUACAGGUGCAGUGAUCGGUAAGGUGCUCUGACAACUGAUGCUUAAAGUUAGUGAGGGAGAUAAGAGUCUCCAGCUUCAGAGAUUUUUGCAAUUCGUUCCAGUCAUUGGCAGCAGAGCAAGUUUCAGCGAAGGGUGCAGAGCUGGUGACCGUGGUAGUGGUAGCCAGGUGGAAAGCAUGGCCAGCCGUAGCAAAAUGCUUGUUGAAAUUCGCGAUUAUUGUACAUUUAUCGGUGGUGAUAGUGUUUCCUAGCCUCAGUGCAGUGGGCAGCUGGGAGGAGGUGCUCUUAUUCUCCAUGGACUUUACAGUGUCCCAAAACGUUUUGGAGUUAGUGCUACAGGAUGCACAUUUCUGUUUGAAAAAGCUAGCCUUUGCUUUCCUAACUGAUUGUGUAUAUUGGUUCCUGACUUCCCUGAAAAGUUGCAUAUUGUGGGGGCUGUUCGAUGCUAAUGCAGUACGCCACAGGAUGUUUUUGUGCUGGUCAAGGGCAGUCAAGUCUGAGGAGAACCAGGGGCUAUAUCUGUUCUUAGUUCUGAAUUUUUUGAACGGGGCAUGCUUAUUUAAGAUUGAAAGGAAAGCACUUUUAAAGAACAUCCAGGCAUCCUCUACUGACGGAAUGAGAUCGAUAUCCAUCCAGGAAUACCUGGGUCAGGUCAAUUAGGAAGGCCUGCUCGCUAAAGUGUUUUAGGGAGCGUUUGACAGUGAUGAGGGGUGGUCGUUUGACCGCGGACCCGUUACGGACGCAGGCAAUAAGGCAGUGAUCGCUGAGAUCCUGGUUGAAGACAGCGGAGGUGUAUUUAGAGGGUAAGUUAGUCAGGAUGAUAUCUAUAAGGGUGCCCAUGUUUACGGAUUUAGGGUUGUACCUGGUAGGUUCCUUGAUAAUUUGUGUGAGAUUGAGGGCAUCUAGUUUGGAUUGUAGGAUGGCCGGGGUGUUAAGCAUAUCCCAGUUUAGGUCACCAAGCAGUACGAACUCUGAGGAUUGAUGGGGGGCAAUCAAUUCACAUAUGGUGUCCAGGGCACAGAUGGGGGCUGAGGGGGGUCUGUAGCAAGCGGCAACAGGGAGAGACUUAUUUCUGGAAAGGUGGAUUUUUAGAAGUAGGAGCUCAAACUGUUUGGGCACAGACCUGGAUAGUAUGAUAGAGCUCUGCAGGCUAUCUCUACAGUAGAUUGCAACUCCACCCCCUUUGGCAGUACUAUCUAGACGGGAAAUGUUGUAGUUGGGGAUGGACAUUUCUGAAUUUUUGGUGGCCUUCCUAAGCCAGGAUUCAGACACUGCUAGAACAUCAGGGUUGGCGGAGUGUGCUAACGCAGUGAAUAACUCAAAUUUAGGGAGGAGGCUUCUGAUGCUAACAUGCAAAAAGCCAAUGCUUUUACGGUUACAGAAGUCAACAAAUGAUAGCUCCUGGGGAGUAGGAGUGAUACUGGGGGCUGCAGGGCCUGGGUUAACCUCUACAUCACCAGAGGAACAGAGGAGGACUAGAAUAAGGAUACGGCUAAAGGCUUUAAGAACUGGUCUUCUAGUGCGUUGGGUACAGAGAGUAAAGGGGGCAGAUUUCCGGGCGUUGUAGAAUAGGUUCAGGGCAUUAUGUACAGACAAGGAUAUGGAAGGAUAUGAGUACAGUGGAGAUAAACCUAAGCGUUGGGUAACAAUUAAAGAGAUAUCAUCACUGGAGGCACCGAUUGAGCCGGUCUCCGCGUGUAUGGGGGGUGGAACAAAGGAGCUAUUUGAGGCAGUUUGAGAGGGACUUGGGGCUUUACAGUGAAAUUGUAUAAUAAGAACUAACUGGAACAGCAAUAGGCAAGGCAUAUUGACAUGGGAGAGAGGCAUAAAGCAAUCACAGGUGUUAUUCGAGAGAGCUAAGACAACAACUGGUAAUGGCGAUGAAAGAUUGGGCUGAGGCUAAACAGAUAAACAGGACAGGGUAUCGUGUAAAGGAACAGUCCAGCAGGCAUCAGCUGUGCAGCUGAGUGAUCAUAAGGUCCAGUGAACAGCAAUAUGUGAGUCCGAGAGCAGUUCGAAUUGGUGCUACAGCACUGGCUAGCAGGAAGCACGGCUGUAGUUUGCGUGUGCUAGCGGGCCGGGGCUAGCAGAUGGAUCUUCGUGGUCGUCGCAACGGGAAGCCUGUUGAAACCACAGAUGAUUACGUCGGCAGACCAGUCGUGAUGGAUCGGCGGGGCUCCGUGUCGACUCUAGGAGGUCCCAUCCGGUUGACAGAGAGGUAGAUAGCCGGGAGAUGGGCCUGACUCGAGGCUAGCUCAAGGCUGAUUAGCCAACAACAACAUCCAUUUGGUUGCAGCUAGCUAGUUGCGAUGAUCCAGAGUUAAAGGUCCAGUGAUUUAGUGAUUCCGGCAGAAAAAACGAUAUGUUCUGGGUCGAUAACGUGCUGUGCAGACAGUGCAGACUGGCCGAUAAUAGUCCAGGCUAGAGCUGGCUGGUAGGUAGUGCAGGCCACGGACAAUGGUGAAAAACCGCUAACGGUGGCUAAUAGCAAGUAGCUAGUUAGCUGGCUACUCCCGUCCGGUAGACAGAGAGGUAGAUAGCCGGGAUAUGGGCCUGGCUCGAGGCUAGCUCAAGGCUAACUGGUGCUUGCUUCGGGGGCAGUGGUGAUUAGCCAACAGCAACAUCCAUUCGGUUGCGGCUAGCUAGUUGCGAUCCGGUGUUAAUGUCCAGUGAUUCAGUUAUUCCGGCAGAAAAUCAGAUGUUCUGGGUGAAAACCGCUAACGGUGGCUAAUAGCAAGUAGCUAGUUAGCUGGCUAGCUUGUUUCAACUGGAGAUUCUAGAUAAAAGGAAAGUCAAUAAUAUAAUCCGUUCCACAUUGAGUGAGGCGGGUUGUAGGAAAGUAUAUUUAGUAGAAGGAUGAAAAGCAUGAUAGGGAAAUAUGUACGAAAAAUAAUAAAGAAAUAAAGAAAACUGGCUAUUUACACGGACACACACAUAGUACACAACCGCACUGCUACGCCAUCUUGGAAAUCCAAUAAUUAUUUUUUAAAGCCUUGCCAAUGCAUUUAUAUUCAAAUUAUUAUUACAUUCUUAAAUAUGUGAGAAUAAUGUGGACAUUGCCUGACUAAAUGCAUGCAUGCCGAUUUUUCUGUAGCCUAUGUGGCUGACGCAGGCACACAUAACAAAGCCAUGAAUAGCGGUAGCAUUAAGCUCACCAUUUGAAACUCACCAUCGCUGUUUUUAUCAUCUUUUUUAAUGGAAGGAUUUGUAUGGAAUGCCAACUUGAAGCCAGCAUUAGCUGUUGUCUUCCUCAUAAUAACCACAUGUGGUUUUACUGCAACAGAGUAGCACAACACCCUUCAAUCGAAGCGACGGGAAACAAAUUAAAGUGGCCACAUCUCUCACAAAAACGGACCAAAAAUGAAAUCACAGAUAAUUAUAAGGGAACAGGAGAACUUAUAAAUUGACUACAAUAAUUACAAUAACUUUUUUUGCACCAAAUUGAGGAAAUGUCUGAUUUUAGCUAGGCCUAUUCCAGUACUUGAAUUUCUGAGCUCCACAUUCAAGUUCAAGUAGGCAACUUCAAGCCCCCUGAAGUUGCCUACUUGUUUAAAAUAGCAGGUUUAACAUGGAAAACAAAACUUAUUCGUCAAGUUAUUUCAUUACCAGAUCAUAUUGUGAAUAAGCCCACUAGGCUAUGUAAUUUGUUGUCAUUAUAUCCAGAAUAAUUAAUAGGAAUAGCGUUGGGUGUUGCGCAAUAGUCUAUCCUACACAAUUGCGCACAGUAGACUCGGUGUCCAAUCCGAGGCACAAAUACAUAUGAAAACAUGAACUCAUUACCUUGAUGCUUUCUCUGUUAAAUCUAACAAGACCCUGCUGUAAAUCAAGCAGACAACAUCAAUUCGCUAGGGAUGUUAUAUCCAACAUGGAUCCAGGCACAACUGUCUUCACCGGUGUAAAGAAUGAAACACCAAAAUAUUCUGGACAUCCCUUGUGAAUUUUCUAGCACUUGGGCUGUUGUUGCAUCGCAUGCCCGAUCACAACAGCUGUUCGUCACUUGACUGUCAUUCUGAAAAUUCCUUCCUGGAUCAGAUGACAAUGUGUGAAAAUGUGACGCGUAACUAAUCAGCUAGACACCAAAUGCCCAUGCAACAACUAUUAUGCAUAAUUAUUGAAGAACCACGUUAAUGAUAGUAUUGAUUUAAGUUUGAAGUAUCAAGGUAAGGUGACUAUUUCGGUUAGAAGCAUUCCAUUUUGCAAUGCAUACAUUAUUUUGGAUUUGUGUGCCCAUGAAAAGUUUUCACCCCGUAACAUAAGGACGAAGUGUUACGUAGUUACACUGCAUUUCUGAGAUGUCUAUACAAAAAAACUGUCCGACAGCUAGAUCCAGGAUUCUUACAGGGUUCAAGUUCAAUGUCUAAUUUAACUGAUUAGUAUAUGAUAUAGCGACAACUUACACUGCCAUAAAUGCAAGGACAGAAAAGUAAUGUUUUAUGUCACACGAUUUUGGACAAAUCCGUCAAGACACCAACCAUGAUAAAGGAUUAAACAUAGGUUUUAAAUCAACUUGUGAAUUUUAUUGAAUAUAGCUAUGAUCCCCCCUUAUAUCAUAAUGUAAUGACAUGAACAAAUUUGGAGGAUUAUUAUCAAUGACUUUUCAACAGCUGUAACAAGUUGUCCAGUGUAGGAAAUCCUCACUGGUACACUAGUUUAUAGAAAGACCCAUACCAUUUACCAAACUCUGUCACAUUAUUACAGUGAAUGGAAUGAUGGGUGUCAUAACCAUGUCAUAUGCCGUUAUAGAGUGUGCACAGACACCUUAAGUAAAGUGACAUUAAUUUGAGGUGUUAUAAAACAGUUAUGAAUGUGCAUAAUACCACAGGAUGAGUUUAUAGUAUCACAAAACCAUUCAGGAUCUCCAAGAAACAUGGGCACAUACGUAGUUAGGAUUAUCAUUUUUAUUUAUUACAACAAAUGAAACAAUAAACUUCUCUGGGGUAGAACAGGAUUUGUGACAGCUGUGAAAAAAGGAGGUUGUGCAGGCUACAGUAACAAUGACAUAAAUGGGUAACAUGUAUCUCUCCAGACAUCCUGGUCUCAGAGCAUUUCGUAUUAUUCUGUAAGUAAAUCCGAGACACUUCAUUUAGUACAAUAUGUUACAUUUUGCAUGGUAUGUAUUAAUUUGUGGAUGUCCAUCACCCAUUUCGUAUGAUAUGUUACAAAUUACAAUUCCUAUUAUAUGUUACGAAUUUGCAAAACAUACAAUAUGUUACGAAUUUGCAAAAGGAGGAGAGGAAAUAGAGGUAGGGAGGUAGGGAAGGAAAUGAAGCUGGAAAAGAGGAAAGGAAUCGAGGAAAGGAUGUGGUCCAAUUUGUACAACUCAGCAGUUUAUUGUGUCAAAAAAAUAAUAAUCCUAAAUACAUCAGUGCUCCAAUUUGCCCAUGUUUCUUGGAGAUCCUAAAUGGUUUUGUGGUCCUCAGUAGCUCAAUUGGUAGAGCAUGGCGCUUGUAACGCCAGGGUAGUGGGUUCGAUCCCCGGGACCACCCAUACGUAAAAAUGUAUGCACACAUGACUGUAAGUCGCUUUGGAUAAAAGCGUCUGCUAAAUGGCAUAUUAUUAUACUCUCAACUCUGUGGUAUUAAGAACAUUACUGUUUUAUAACACCACAAAUUAAUAUCAGUUUACUUAAAGCUGGAAUCUUUAAUGUUGAAACUAACAUGUCCAUUUGCGACAUUACAACAACAAAGAAGUUACUGCAAACGACAAACACAGAUUUUUUUUCCUUUGGACAUCAUUGCACGUGCGAUAGAACAGCAGAAAAUGUACAGUUUUUUUGGGUUUUUUUUACCACGUAGCUCCUCAACUAUGCUUUGUCAACUUAACAAAAACAAUAACAAUGGCGGUGGAGCGGACAGUGGCGCUGUUUCCACUACUGCAGAUUCCAUCUUUAAGGUGUUUGUGCACACUCUAUAAUGGCAUAUGACAUGGUUAUGACACCCAUCAUUCCAUUCACUGUAAUAAUGUGACACAGAGUUUGGUAAAUGAUGUAACGCAUGGUCAUAACAUCUGGAGUGUAGAUACUUAUGUAGCAUGUAAUAACAUAAGACAUAAGUUGUCAGGCAGACUGUGUAAUAGCAGUUGUUAUUAACAGUUGACAUUAGAGCAUAUGACAACAGGAUGAACAGUCGCCUAUAAAGCUUAAAGUAUGCUUCCCAGUCUAAACAGGUCAGCUGUUUCGAGCACAUUAAAUUUUUUCUUGAGGUUAGUCGAAGUUCGGUUGCCGAGGUCUACGCGGUGAUUGGUCAACAGUAGGGAUUCUUUAAUGAAGUGUUUGUUGUCAUUCAACGACCUACGACUUGCAAAUUUUUUCACUUGAGAAAUACUGCACCAAACAUCUUAGUUAGUUGUGAAAUUGCGUGACUAUGACCUCCUUGGCAUAAACUUCUAAAUUAAUUACAGAUUUCUUGAGUUAUCUUAGAAUAAUUCUGACUAUUUUGAGGAAGUGUACUGGCUUACGGCCACUCAAGAAGGACAAACAGUGAUUUUGCUGCUUUUUUAUAGUUUUUCAAGCGAAGGUAUUUCAGGAGUAUGCAAUCACAGACAUUCACUAUGCCUAGGCGAGUUCUGCUAGGAGCAUACCGACGCCUUAACACCCAUUAUAACUAGUGUUAUAUAAUCGUAUGCCGUUACUCAUGACUGUUUAAAACUACUUAUGACAUCAUAUGACAAAUGUUGUAAUGUGUUAUAUCAGUGUUUCUUAAUCCUGGUCCUGGGGACCCAAAGGGGUGCAAAUGUUUGUUUUUGCCUAAGCACUACACACCUGAUUCAAAUCAUCAAAGCUUGAUGAUGAGUUGAUCAUUUGAAUCAGCUGUUAGGGCAAAAACAAAAAUGUGCACCCCUUUGGGUCCCCAAGACCAGGAUUAAGAUAGACAGGAUUAAGAAUGCAUGAAUAAGGACACCUACAGUAAAGUGUUAUCAUUAAAUCUGGUGUAGGCUAUAGACUAGAGCGAUACCUUUCUGCAUCAAAUCUUAUCAUUUCUCUUGAAGAUGCGGGGAUGAGGGCAUCAAGGUAGCCUGUAGCGCCACCAACAACACCAUAUGCCAUGCCGUCAAAGAACAAGGUUUGGGGAUUGAGCAAAACCAUAACAUUUCAAUGCAUUACAAUGAUUUGGAAGAUGUGCUUUCACUUACAGUAUGAAUGUUAUAAGGUUGUUUUUUAAUAUAAAAAUUAGGUUUUUAUUUUAAUUUAUUGCAGGAGGAAGCACUUUGGCAGCAGUAGUUGUCCUGAUUGCUGUUCUUCUUGUCGCUUUGUUUGUGCCUAUUUACCUGUGGCGAAAGAAGAAAUAUUGUUUUGGUAAGCGUUUGGGUCAUUCUGCCAGUUGUAGACUAUGCUAAAUCACCAGAAGGGGGCAGAAGAGGUUAUUCUCUAAUUUAGUUGGUAAAGCGGUUGAAGAGAGGAGAAGUCUGGCUUGUUGAAAAGCUCUCUUUCCAAAAGUAUCUGGUUUUGAGUCGUCCUUGAAAUAGCAUUGAAAUGUCUCUAUUUUCCUUUGUUAGGGCCAAAUGGUGGUUCGACCGAACUGCCCAACCGGAGUUCAGAGGUAGCGGAGGUAAUUAUCUUCAGUUUAUACAAGGGGUGGGUCUAAUCCUGAAUGCUGUAUACAAGGGGUGGGUCUAAUCCUGAAUGCUGAUUGGUUAAAAGCGCAUUCCAACCGGUGUCUAUUCCACAAGUUACCACCGGCUAAAUCUAUGACAGUAAAAUGCCUAUUUACUCUGUUCCAUCUGACUGCACAAUCCACUGUCUCAUCAGCCCAGCCAGGCAAGUUAUAAACUUGAUCUCCACUAUAAAAAGCAUCUAGACAUUAUCUAACUUUUCUUUUAGACUAACAUUUAGUUUUCAAUAGCGGAGAUUUGUAUAAACCUUGCUGUCUGUCUCUCCGACAUUUGCAACAUUGUUUAAAUAUUCAAAUUGGAUCUCCAGCUGUCCCAUAGUAAUGAACAUGUAGGGGUCGGGACGAGACAGACAGGCAGGCAGCGUUUCUCAGCCAGUCGAAAUCAUGAAUCAGCUGGCAUAAUUUUUAUGGAUUUAUACAAAUAAAUAUCAAUUGAAAAAAGGUCAAAAGAAACUAAGUGCAGCUAGUUUGCAGUCUUUCCAGCUUCAGUUUGAAGUGAUUGUGUUAGCUGUGUUGUUGGCAAGCUCCUCUAAACAACAGUGUCCUGUUCUAUGCCAGGCGAAAUCACGCCUCAGUAGCUCAUUGUUAUGGAUGUAUCCAAAUAAAUGCCACUAGAAAACAGCUUAAACAUAUGCAAAUGCAGCUACUGUUGUUAUUCUGUCUGCACUGUUUGCCGUGACUGUAAGUUAGCCGUAGUUGGCUAGCUAGCAAGCAAGGGAUAAGAACGUUGCCAGCCAGUAUGGCAAUGGAACAUUUAGAACAAACGACUGGGUCGUGUCCAUAGAUACAGAACAAAAAGACUGAAUGACUGGCAACUGAACCGAUAGAACGAACGACCAGCCGGCUUGGGUAGCAACCCUAUAUUUGUGUCGGGACUAUAUCUUGUGGAAGGAUGAAAUACUAUGAAUACAUUUAUCAAAAUAACGUUUUUUAAUGAAAAUAUGUCAAUCAUUAUUUGAAUAUGUUGGUAACCCGUUGUAUAAAAGUGAGGAAUGUAGAUAUUUUCAAAUACAUGCCACUUAAAAGUUUCAUAUCACGAAAUUUCGAUUUCAAAUCUUUUGGACAUCAGAGCAAUCUUGAGGAAAUCCUAUUAGAGUCAGAAAAGGAUAUUCAUUUGAGAGAUGAGAUAUACAAAACCUUGCCGAGAGCCAACUGACGUCUUAGAAAAUAAUAUAAAUUGUUGGAACCAAGAUAUUAAACUUAAUCCAGUAUAAACUAAUGUACAGAAUGACCCUGAGUUCUUCAUUGUUAUGCCAUUCUCCUUGUUGCCCUCGAAGCCGGUGUUUGGAGGAUAUAUUGACUUCGUCUCAGGCCUAACAACACCCGUGCCAAUAUAUCCUCCAAACACCGGCUUCUCUGGCAUUAUCACUUAAGUGUCACACUACUCCACUCUGUUCCUGACUACAGCCACCACUUAAAACACACACAUGCAUCUCUAGUGCUACAUCACUGUUACAUAUCAUGUCAUCUAUUAUAAUUAGUGAGUUAAAUAUCAAUAGUGAAUGUGUUUUACAUGUAUUUAUUUUUUUACAGGAAAUGCAUCCACUUAGAGGUAAGAACAUCAUCAAUGUUACUACUGAUGUGUGCCAUGUGUGCUUAUAUGACACUUAUGUAUAUAAUUUCCAACUAAGAUUUACCCAUAAUCCCUCUUUCUUCUUUGGUUUCAGGUGUUGACCUCAGGCCACACCUCCCAGAAAUCGCUAACGCCUUGGGGUGGAAGGACAUGAAACAGGUGGCCGAGCGCAGCGGGAUGAAACAUACCGCCAUAGAAUGCCACCAGCUGGACUUUCCCAAUGACUCCCAGCAGCAGUGCUCCAGCCUACUGAGGGCCUGGGUGGAAAAGGAGGGGAUGGCCACAGCCUCUGAGAAACUGGUCAAUACUCUACACCGCAUGAAGAAAAAGGCCAAGGCAGAGGAUAUCAAGGCUAUCAUCAGCAGCAAGGAGCAUGGCGUCACAGGGGAGAACUCAGGGUUAGAACAGGUGUAGAUACUGUAUAUACAGUAAGGUCAGUGGUACUGUCCCUGCCAGUAUUGGCGUGGUGUCUAUUUAAAAUAUAUUUUGAUUUGUU